AUGUACACCCCUAGCUCCAACCCCUUCGCCGACUCCUCCAUCCCCGACCCCGGCCAGCUCCGCGCCGUCGCCAUCACCGACCAUGUCCCCGUCAAGUUGUCCACCACCGCCGCCAACUACCUCGUCUGGAAGACGUACUUCUACCUCCUCUUCCGCGAGUACAACCCGCGUGACCACAUCGAUGGCACCGCCGAUCUCCUCGCCUGCGACUCCGACUGGCUGGCCAUCGACGCCACCAUCAUCCGCUGGCUCUUCCUCACCAUCUCGUCGGACAUCUUCAAGACCGUCGUUCGGGAGGGCGAUGAUGCCCGCACGGUGUGGGGGAAGAUCAACGGCCUCUUCACCAAUAACAAGCUCCAACGUGUUGUCUUUUUGCAGCAUGAAUUCUUCGGCACACCCCAUGGCGAUCAAGCCUUGGACGCCUACUGCCUGCGCCUCAAGGCCAUCUCCGACGAGCUCCAGGGCCUUGGGUUCCGGAUUGGCGACGAGCUCCUCCUCUCCACCCUCACCGCCGGCCUCAACGAGGACCUCGGCAACGCCGCCUCCAACCUCACCCUCAUGACCAACCCUACGUUCGAGCGGGCGGUCGACUACCUCAGGCUGGAGGAACGGCGGCUGAAGGGCGUGCGCACCCGGGCGGUUCACACCGCUCUAUGGGCCAGCGGCAACAGCGUCCUUCCUCAUGGCGGAGGAGCUCCGCCGGUGCCCACACCCGCCCCUCCACACCCCGCGCCUCAACCACCACAACACCAAGGAGGAGGGGGUGGUGUGUUGGAGAUAUGCCCAAGAGGCAAUAAUAAAUGA